AGGCAAUCUACACAGAUUUCACUUGCUGAGAGAUACACUGUGAUUUACAUCGUGAGAUUACCAUGAAUUUUCAAUAUAAUUACUCCAACUAUACCCAAGAUGGCUUUCACCAAGAUCAAGGUAUACAGCACAUCCUUACCAAUCAGGCAGGAGGCACCUAUUUCCAUGGUGUGGCCCCUACUCCUGGCGCUGGAGUCAUCAAUCAGCCAGUGAUUUGGCCAGAGUAUGGAUAUCAGCCCCAGCAAAACCAUGGGCUGUUCGGCAAUCCCACUGCUCUGCCGCAAUUCCUGCCUGUCACCGAGAUCCCAGUCUCCUACCCUAUCCCUCCUCGGGGAUACCAAGGGAUAACCCUCCAGGAUGGAUCUGUAGCCUUCGAUCCCUUGCCACAAAGCCCUGUGAUGUUUGUGGAUCCUAGUGGUCAACAGCGUGGCACUUUUGUGACCUUCCAUCCACAGCUGCAAGCACCCCUUGUGGCUAUGGGUGGUGCAGGCCCACAGUAUAGUGUCCCUGUGCCCUAUGGUCCACACAUCCAAGCCCCCAUCAUAUAUGUGGAUGCCAACAGGCAGCAGUGUGGUACUGCUGUGCCUUUCGACCUACAGUUGCAGGCACCCUUCAUGUUGGUGGACAACGGAGGCCUACCUCAUGGCAACUCUAUGCCCCCUGAUCCAUAUCUACAAACACCCUUGAUGCCGAUGGAUUCCACUGGCUUAGUGCCCUUCAAUCCAGUGGCAGCACCAAGCGAACUUGCUCAGCUCAUCAGCAUGCCGCAGUUGCCAUCAAUUGAGGAGCUGGCUGCUGGACUGAGCAGCACUGGCCUGAUGAGACCAGCCCCAAUGGCAAAGCUUCCAGCCCAGGAGAGCCAGCAGGAGAGCCAGGCUCACGCUGAAGUGGCCGUGUGUGCCCCAAGCGGUGUGACUACUGAGUCACUAAAGCCAGAGGAAAGCUCAUCCACAGCGGUUGCAGAGGCCAAACAGGCACAGGCUGGCCAGCCAAACGUCAAGAUUGAACCCCAGCAACCAGGCACCAGCGGUUCAAAGGACACCCUGGUGGUCAAGCCCAAAAGUCAGGGUGACACCAAGAUACAGCAGCUGUAUGGUGCCAUGGAGGAUGCUGAGGCCAAACCUGCAGACACAAAUGCCUCCCAAGAGGUACUGAAGACUGCUCCGGUUGAGGUGGGCAAGGCAGAAGCCAAACUGCCCAAGAAACCGAGCAACAGCGUCCCAGAGAAUGCUGACAGGCGCAAAGACAAGAAGAGAAAACGCAAGCAUGGCAAGGGUGAGAAAGAGAGGAAGGAGAAACGGCACAAGAAGGCGACAAGCCUGAUCGAGAAAACAACCAAGUCUGGUGAUGGAGAGAAGGAGGGGCCAGACACCGACAGGAAAGCAGGCAGCUCAAAGGUGCCUGAAGAUGAGGCAAAGGGUCAGCACAAGGACUCCUCCAAAAAGUCCACGAACAAGAAGGCCAACGAGAUGCCCAAUGGUCUGCAACCCAAAAGAAAUCUUGGACAGCAGUUGAAGCACUUUGCACAAGUCUUCUCUAGGCUCAGAGACGAGCUUCAGAAACUCAAGCACCUAAAACCAACUCCAAAGGAGGCUGCCAAGAAGUCUCAGGACUGGCCAAAACCAAGCAACGUGCCGGAUCAUGCACCUGCUACAUGAGCCGUGGCCGAGGGAGGACAACUGGUGGGAGACCGGACUGGACGAAGGGGGGAAGUUUGAUGAGUUAUGCUGGCUCGAGGGAAAAUCGAGUGGGUGUGAUGCUCGACUGAAAC